AACUGGUCAGAGAGGCUCAGGGUGGGGACACAGUGCAGAGCUGGCCCUGGUGUCAUCCUCUGCCUCAGACCAGCCCCAGGUCAGCCUCAGUCCCUUCUCCCACCAGCCUCUGGGAGCACCAUGACUCCUGCCCUCUCAGUCCUGCUGUGCUUGGGUCUGUGUCUGUGCAAGGGGACAAGGACCCAGGGAGCAGACAGACUCCCCAAACCCUCCCUCAGGGCAGAGAAUGGCUCUGUGGUGCCCCAUGGGGGAGCUGUGACCCUCAGAUGCAGGGGAUCAUGGGAGGCUGAAGAUUGGCAGCUGGAGAAAAGGGGAGGAUAUAAAUGGUCACCCAAAGCUGGGAGACCAGCUGGAAAUGAGGUCGAGUUUUCCCUCCCAUCAGUGACACCACAUAAUGCAGGGACCUACCAAUGCCUCUACAGACAUUCAUCCUCCUGGUGGUCAGAGCGCAGUGACCCCCUGGAGCUGGUGGUGACAGGCCUCUCUGCCCCGCCCUCCCUGGCAGCCCUGCCAGGCUCUGAGGUGGCCUCAGGACAGAGCGUGACCCUGCAGUGUCGGUCAGAGGGAUAUCAUGACAUGUUCGUCCUGUGCAAGGAGGGAGAAGAGAUCAGCCGCAGCAGGACCCGGAGCCAUGGAUGGGGGCGUCAGGCUGACUUCCUCUUCCCUGCUGUGACUCCUACCCAGAAUGGCACUUACCGAUGCUUUGGCUUUAAUAAUUCUUCCUCCUCCCUGUGGUCCUCCCCCAGCGCCCCCCUGGUGCUCCGGGUCUCAGGCAAUUCAAAGGAUCCUCACCUCCCCCAAAGCUCUGCGACUCCCCCAGCUCUGAUGUCCCCCCCACCAAGGACCUCUCCAAGCCCUGAGUCUGAGGACAGGCCCUCAGAUGCUGCUGCCCAGGAUUACACUGUGGGCAACCUGGUCCGCCUCAUCUCAGCUGGGCUGGUCCUCGUCCUCCUGGGGGUCCUGCUGGCUGAGCACUGGAAAAGCUCCAGAGGGCAUCGGGUCCAGGGAGUCCUUGGCUGAGCCCUCCGGCCAGAGCAGCCCCCGAGACAGAGGAAGGAAGGAACAAAUGCAGUGAGGGCUGCCUCUGUGCCGGGUCUCUAUUAAGCACCAAAUACAGCCAUUAAAAGGGUCGGAGACACAGACAGAGACCGAAGGAUGAGGGAGAAUUUGCUGCAUCCAGAACAGCCUAAGCAGAGUCGGGUCUUUUCCUCUGUGGAAGGAAACCCUUGACAGAAGCCCAGGGCAGGGGAGGGGGGGAAGAUGCUGUGAAAAAUCCACAAAGAUGCCUCCUAUUGGAAAUAACCCUGAGGCUUCCUCUGCUUGCAGGGCUGAGAGUUGUUCAUGUAUUUGCAAAGUCAGUGAUGAGAAUCAAGGAAUAAACAAUGCAAGAUUGUCCAAAGUAACAUCUGUUUCCACAUAGACAAUACAGGAUUCUGGGAAAGGAUGUUCAGACCUAAUUUGGCUGAUUCUAAACAUGAAGCACAAAAUGUAAAUCUUUUUCCUGCGGGUUGUGACGUUGUACAUGUUCCAUCCGUCUUCCUUGUACUGUAAGCUGCCUCUCAGACCCCUCUCCAAGCUGUCACAGGCAUGUGAGAACUGCUUGUGUGUGACCUCUGCAAAGCUGGGAGAGAAGCAGCAGCCUGCUUACCCCGAUGGUGGCUGGGAGGAUGUGAGCAUUCGUAGAAAGAGUUCCAAUAACUUUGUUUCUUUAUACUUUGGCACUUCAUGCCUUGAUCCUUCAGCCCCAGAUCGGUUCUUAUAUCAAAGGUUUCCGCAGACGUCAGUCUUGUGAAUUCUUGAAAUCAGCCAUCACGAGAACUUCCUUUUGCCUCCAUAUCUUGCUUUCACCGUCCCUCAACAAUUGUUUUGGGGAUCAGCUUUGCCCAUAUUUUCUAAUCUUCAACAUAUAUUAUUUCUGAACUCUGCCCAAUUAAAGGCUUCCUGGCCUCCGUAAACUUAA